AUGGCCACAAAAGGUCCCGUGUGUGGCGUCGAAAACUGCCGGUCUAGACGCUACGAAGAAGGCGACGAUGGCCGCCUCUAUUGCCAGAACGGACACCAACAGGCUGCUGUUGUGCGUGGGGAGGACGAUGACGACUAUAUAUCAGCCGCCCGGACAGUCACGCGGAAAAAGAAGACAGCGGAGGAGGAGGACAAGACAUCAGACAAGAUCUUCAAGGGACCGCAGGCGUUUGACCUCUACUUGAAGUGCCUGCAACUCGUACUACGCCAUCAACUAUGGUUUUUGGUGCGCGACAAGGGGCUGCCUGCCGAGCUCGAGGCUCUCGUCUACGAUCUUUGGUCACUACGUAUCGCUCAACUUGAAGACAAGAUUGCGUCCAACGAGGACCCGUCUUCAAAUCCACAGUCUCAGUCACAAGUUUUCAACACCCUGGAAAGCGGAGAUGACGCUACAGACACCGAAAAAGGUCAUGUCAGCAGCAUGAUGAGGAAAAGAGACAGGAGAUUAUCCACCGCACCCAAUCUCAACGACUGUGUCUUGCUGUGCUACCUUGGCAUCACGACACUAAGAUUGCCCUUUACACCAGGAGAUCUUUACGCCUGGGUCGCUGAUGGCAAGUUGGCUUAUUGCAGGGCUAUCAAGUUACUACCACUUGCUAUGAGAGACCGGCUGCCACCGACCUACCGCGCCAAUCUCGAUCCGAUUGCUCCGCUUACCUAUACACGCUUCUACAGAACACUGACAGAUUUGCAAACAAGCUAUGAUGCAGACCACGGUAUCUUGUGGCCACCUCUAAAUUUCUCGCUACUUUCAUAUCGCUACCUGAGAGAGCUCGCGUUGCCAUUGGAGUUGUACGCAGCAACAAAGCGACUGGGAGACCUGCUAGGCUAUGACUUUGCUCCGCACUAUGAAGGAAAGAAACGGUUAGGCAUACGCCAUCUUCCCGAAGCGCAACUAGUCAGUUGUAUUAUUGUCUGCAUCAAGAUUCUUUAUCCAUUCGACCAAGAACAGCGGCAAUGGGGGCUGUCGACACAGCACACUAUGACAGCGAUGAACUGGGAUGUAUGGUGCAAAGAAAUGCGUCUACCUUUACAUCAUGAAUUCGACGUCGUCAAAGCAGUUCAUAGUGCCAUGGAGCCAGUGCCAAACGUAGCAGAUGAAGACGGGCAAACUUUAAGAGCUGGACAGGCGUAUCCACGAUGGAGGACACGAGGCGAGCUCCCCGAGGCAGCAAGAUUACUAUUUGAAAAGGCCAGGAGACUGGCAGGGCUAUCAAUGAACAUGUUGAUACUAGCAGUGGGAUUUACCGAGGCGAGAAUCGAGCAGUGGAAAAGGUUGCAGAGACAGACAACUGACGGAUAG